GAAGAAACGUAAACUCAAGUGGCGGGUUGACUCUCCUCCAUUAUUUAUGGUUGAUAGCAACAGGCAGUACUGACACGAAGUAUGUAUUUGUGACUUUGUGUGGCACUAUGGAGGCUGGUAUGAUUCUGAGUCGGUUUGACGGGCAGUCGAAGCUUCUGGUCCGGGCUCUUCUCUCUGGAGUCUCCGGUCCUUUCAGGGCUCUGGGGGUCUUCGUCAAGCAGCAUCGGGCCGGUGAUAUGUCGCUGUCUAACUUCAUAGAAAACCUGUGUCGGGUAGAAAUUUACUUAGGAGAUACCAAAGUCCAGCCACUAACGGUUCAACCCCUGGUAUGCCUGUUUCCAACACUAUUCAAGCAAAACCUGUUGUCCUUCAUCCAUCUGGUCCAGCCAAUUCUUCCUCAGUCCACAGUUCUUCCUCUGCUUAACUGCCUUGAACAGGACCCUCAUCCGAGCCCCUGGGUAACUGCUCUGGUCAGACAGGCGAAGAGGAGCAUGGGGGUCUGUGAUGAGGGCCUUCUUUGCUCUCCAACAUGCAGCGAGAGACUCAAGGAGCUGUCACAGCGCUUCGCAGGUUGUGGUCCAACUGGAGGAUGGGCAAAAUGCUUAAGCCAUCAAACAGAGGAAUCUGAAUCUCAGAGAGCGUCUGGUUUGUCAGAGCUCGGCACACAAAGAAAGAGGAAGAGCAGCUUGGUGUCUCUGGACUCAGACGAAGAUGGAACAGGGCAGAAGAAUAAACGAAUGAAAAUGGAUGUCUGUGUUAGUGAGUGCAUUGAAACUAAAGAACCAAGCUUGACAGAAAAGUUGUCUGGAGGAUUAGAAAGUGAUGCUCCAACAGAGAGUCUUGCUGAAGAACAACAACCAGCACCAGAACAUCCAUGUGAUCUGCCUGAGCAUAUAAAGGUUACUGUGCUGCAGUUGAAAGAAUUACUGGAAAGUCAGACGGAGUGGGACCAGAGCUCCAAUGAUGUGUUCAAGGUGCUAGAUGAGUGUGACCCUACCCAGCUUGAGCUGUUGUGCAACAUGCUGAGAUUCCCUGACCUACCAGAUCAGAUUCUCCCCAAGCUGUGCAGCAGCGUUUUAGCUCCCUCUCUUGACAUCAGCUACAGCACGGCAGCAACACUCAUCAGGAGCCUACUGCUGGAGAAGGUUCUGUCACUCUCAGAGCCAGCCUCUAGAUGUCUUGUCACGGCUGCAUCGUCACUGUGCAGCCACUGUCCCAGACCGAUGUGCCAUGCUCUUAUUGAACCGGUGCUUCAGGAUAAGAGCAUAGGGAAUCACCAGGCUGAGCUGCUGAACAGACUGAUAGAAGGCUGUCUGGAUUCCCACUACAGACUACUGGUGCUUCAAAUGACUCUGAAGGUAGCAUGGAAUGAGGCAGUGCUCUCCAUCAUCCACAGCUUGCUAGACACCAAGCUUGACUUGAGUGGAGAGGUUUUCACUCACUUUGGCGAACAGCUCGUCAGCCAGGGUCCUCAAUUCACAAAAUCUGUAAAGUUUGCAAAAAUGAUCCUGACAGUCCUCACUAAAUACAGCACUCAUGUAACUGCUGCACACAAACACUCCCUAUCAGGUUGCUUGGCGAUAAAUGAGACCUUCCUGAAAAAGCCUCUUCAAGCUGCUUUGAAAAGAAUCCCAGACUCAUGAAGAUUUUUUGAAUUCCUGAUAGUGUGUUUUUGUAAGGAGUUUACUACUGCAUAAAACAUUUUCAACAAAGAUGCACAACAGAGUCAAAUGUGAGGUCAUUCAUUUGAUAUACUGUCCUUUUAUAAAACCUCAGGAUACUCAUUUCCUCCUUGUACUUAUUCAAACAAUGUCUAAAUUCAGUUUGUCUAAAUGUAUUUUUUUAAUAUACUUUUUACAGUUGUAAAUAUGCUGCAGAUUACAGAUUUUACCCAAUCCCAAACCAAGUAAAUUGUGAAGUGAGGAUUAUCUGCCAUGCAUUUGCACAAUAAAAGAUGUCCACUAUGGACAUUUUUUAUUGUGCCUCCUCGAGUUCGAUGGUUAAAGAAGACAUCCAGUCUUAGGUCUCACAUGGAUUCUGACAGCUCUUCAUACAAGAUAUGUGAUGAUAAAUUGCCAAGAAAAAUUAGCUGGCACAUUUUGUUACAACUGGUUUACUAUAACCCAAUAAAAACAUACAUCCUUCAGGAAUAUGAACAGGAAGAUAAGGAAAAGGUAUGUUUCAUACCCACUGCCAACAAAAAGAAAAAAGCUGAAUUUUAAAAGUUUAAAUGUGAUCUACCCACACACCAGUUCUUGAGAAUGUGAUGUGAAUAACUGCUUUUUUAGUUGGAGAGAUAUUGCUAAUUUUGAUCAUGUAUUUGUUGAUAGUGCUUAAAUCUACUUAUUUUGCCUUAAUGUACAGAGCUGGCUGCACAGUCUAAAUGUUGCUUUUGACAGUGGAAGAAAUUAAUGUCGGGUUUCUUUGUUGCAGAUGGAAACUUAGAGCCUGUCCUUAAAACUUUAAUUUUACGUGAUACAUUCUUUAUUCACAAGUGCAGAGAGAUAUCUUAAAACUAAGCCCAAUCUGAAUCACUGGAAGAUUGAGUUAAAUUUUUCCAGAAGAUCUCUUACACGAGAAGCCCUUAAGUUAUCUUCUUCAGUCAAUGUUUUUUUUUUUUUUUUUAAUUUAAAUAAAAAGGCCCAUAUUUCUGGAAUCUAUAUUAUUUUUUUUGCCUCUUAUCUGUUUAUUUUGGGGUGUUUUUUUGCUUUCACUUUUUACCUUUCCUGUUUGAAAUUCUCUUUCAUGUCUACAAUCGUUCACC